GACAUGCCGACGUCCCGGCCCGAUUCGGAGGCGGUGCCGGUGCCCGCCGACUUUUGGGUGGACGGCUCGCGCAGGGACGGCACAGUGGAAGAGUUUUACACGCUCGGCUCCGAAUUGGGCAGGGGCGCCACGUCCGUGGUGUAUCGCUGCGAAGAAAAGGACAAGAAGAAGGCGUACGCCGUCAAAGUUCUCAAGAAAACGAUCGAUAAGAAGAUCGUCCGGACGGAGAUCGGCGUCCUGCUGCGGCUGUCGCACCCCAACAUCAUCCGGCUGGAGGAGAUCUUCGAGACGGAUACCGACAUUGCUCUGAUUCUGGAGCUGGUGACGGGAGGCGAGCUCUUCGACAGGAUCGUGGAGCGCGGCUACUACAGCGAGAGGGACGCCGCUCACGUCAUCAAGCAGAUCCUGGAGGCCGUGGCGUAUCUUCACGAGAACGGCGUGGUGCAUCGUGAUCUGAAACCCGAGAAUUUACUCUACGCCGACCUGUCGCUCGACGCGCCGCUGAAAAUCGCUGACUUUGGACUCUCCAAAAUCAUCGACGAUCAGGUGACCAUGAAGACGGUGUGCGGUACGCCCGGAUACUGCGCUCCCGAGAUCCUCCGAGGAAACGCUUACGGGCCCGAAGUGGACAUGUGGUCGGUGGGCGUCAUCCUCUACAUCCUGCUGUGCGGGUUCGAGCCCUUCUUCGACGCCCGGGGGGACCAGUACAUGUACACGCGCAUCCUCAACGGAGACUACGAGUUUGUCUCCCCCUGGUGGGACGAGGUCUCGCUCAACGCCAAGGACCUGGUGAGCAAGCUGAUCGUGCUGGACCCGGCCAAGCGUCUGAGCGUGCGGCAGGCGCUCCAGCACCCCUGGGUACUGGGCAAGGCGGCCCGCUUCUCGCACAUGGACACGGCGCACAGGAAGCUGCAAGAGUUCAACGCUAGGCGCAAACUCAAGGCGGCCAUGAAGGCGGUGGUGGCGACCGGCCGGAUGCACGAAUCCUCUCGCCGUAGGACCGACAGCUGCGAGAUCCCCGCCUCGGGGCCGUCGGGGCAGAGCGGCACGCGGCCAGACCCGCCGCCCAAAGGCGUCGACGCCGCCCCCGAAGACCCGGAAGCGGCGCCGUCGGAAAAAGCGGAGCGUAGCCCCGCCCCUUUCGGCGAGUCCGACGCCGCGCCCGUCCGGCCACCACUGCGGGCUGACGGCCAGCGGAGGGGCAAGUCUGCGCCGGCCCCGCCCGGAAAGAGCCCGUCCACCGUGGGGCCGCGCGCCGCCGAUCGGGCCGCGCUCCCGCCGGCCGUGCCCCCGAGCCCCGACGGCCUCAGCAACGGCUUCGCGCCGGAGACGGAGGCCGUCGCCGAGACCGCCCCCUGCCAGUGA